ACUCAGCUAGUCACAUCCGUGAAAUUCAUUUUCACCUUAAAAGCGAAUGAAUAGGAACGCCUGCUAUUUGUAAUUGUAUCCCAAAAUGCAGCGGUACCGUUUCCUGUCUGACCGGCGAGAUCCAGGGCACCAGCAAGCAGUCAGGUUUUCAUAACUAUGUAGCUUCCGCUGUGGAUUGCCGGAGAGCUCCAUUGAUUGUAUUUUGUGGGUUGUAAUUCAGUGUGUGCUGGAUUUUCUCACAACAAACAAAGGCGGUCGUUGCCUGAACGCUUGUAUUUCAGACACGCUUUAAUAUGCGGUGAUUGUCGAGGUGGGAUUGUGUACGGCACAGCUGUGUGGGUGAUGCAACACUUUUGGCCAGAGCUGUAAAAAGCUUGAUUUUUGCUGGAUCUUGCUUCUAUGAAGACACUUGGUGUUACAGAUAUUUGUCAAGCUCAAAUACACCUGGUGCCUGUUUUUCCCUUUACUACGUGCUACCUGUUUAGCGCACUGCGUGGUAUUUCUUCCAGUUACUGCCAUAUCGAUCAAAGUUUUUGCUGGAAAAAAAAAUACAACACACACUAAAUUCUCAUUAGCAUUUACCACCAGUUAACACUCUGCAUUUUACUAUGCAUUAUGACAGUUUAAUGGUAAAUUGCAGCCUGCUUUCUGGCUGGGGAAUAGUAUAAAAAGGCCCAGCAUUCCACUGUGUUCUUUGCCCAUCAGGAUACUGCAGCCCUGCAAUCCCUGUGUGCUGAGUCUUUAUGAAUAAUGGCUGAGCAGGCAACCACCUCUGCUGGUUCUCAGAAGGCACGACUGCGCCUUAUGAAGUUCUCCGCGCAAGAGCUGGAGAUACUGGUCACUGAGGUGGUCAAUAAUUAUGAUGUCUUGUUGGGCCCCCUCUCCACCAAAACCCCUCUGUCCAGCAAGCAGGCCAUCUGGGAGGCUAUGUUGAGCCGUAUUAAUGCCCUGGGGGUCUGCCAACGCACUGUGGAGAUCCUCAAAAAACGCUGGGCAGACUUUAAAAGGAAAACCAAGGAGAAGCUGGCAAAACAUGGUGUCUCGAAGGAGCAGCUCAGCCCCCUGGAGAGCCUGGUGGAGAGCACCCUGCAGCCAGAGCAUCUCCAGGACACCUCCAGGAUUCAGAAUGUGCCUGUCCUGGAAGACACCGUUGCCCAUGCCAGUGUGAGGGUGGAGUCUGCCCACACUGCACAGGAAGUACUCGAUAUUAAAGAGGAGGCCUCGGAGAUUGAAGAGUUCCCAGUGAACAGCACUGAGCACGGCUCUGACCAGGACCAAGGCUCCUUUGAGUUCCAGUUCGUCCACAUUAAAACCGAAGAGCCUGACAUGAACAGUGUCAGCAUCGAAGUGGAGGACUCAUUGACCAUGGACCCUGUGCAGCAGUCCCAACCCUGUCCCUACUGCCAGUACACCUUCACAACGGCACAUUACCUAGAGAAGCACUUGCAGAGGAGACACACUGUGGAAUACAUGGAGAUCGUGGGAGCGCAGUCAUCCAGCCACAUAAAUCCACUGUUACACCACGGACAGCAGCCAGCUUUCUGCCCGGAAGAUGGACCUCCGACAACACAACAGCCCAUCAGACAACACACCCCAGGCUACCCCACAACCCGGCUAUCCAGAGUCCCGAGGAGGGCAGGGGGGGUCACACAGCGGGGCCAACCCAGGCAGAGGGCUCCUAGCUUCAACUGGGAGGAAAAGCGCCUCCUGGUGCAGGAGGUGAUGACAAAUAGAAAAGAGCUGCUGGGCAAUUUCUUACUGAAACCGUCCCAGAAGAAAAGAAAAUGGGAGUGCAUUGCCCAGAAAGUGUCCGCUCUGGGGUACCAUCGCAGAACAGCUGGAGACGUCCAGAAGAGGUUUUAUGACCUGCGGAGGGAAAUUCGGACGAAGAUGGCGACUCUGAGGUGUGCCAGGGUGAUGACAGAGGGGGAGCUGCCCCCCAGGUCUCCACUGACAGAGGAGGAGCAGUGCAUCCUGACAACACUGGACUCUGUCACCAUGCAGGGCAUCGUAGGGGUGGACACUGCAGAGCCACAGCUCACAGCAUGGAGGGAGCAGCCACCCAGGACCCCAUUCACCCAGGUGGAGCCGCGUGUGUUACAGGGGCUCAUCGGUAUAGACACUGCAGACCCACACCUCCUCACAGCCAGUCGAACAGCACAUGUGUUGAGCUGUGAGGUGCUGCCAGUGAAGGAGGAACAGACAGCAUCACUGUCUCCACCAGCCUCUCCUACCCAGACUCCCUCCCCAGCCCCCAGCCCUCCACACACUCACAGAGACAUGCCACGGAUACAGAACUGUCCCAGAGUGGAGGCAUUACACUUCCUCACCACCAGCCCCUCACCUCCCCCUUCACCUGCAAGACCAGCCUGCCCCCCAGGGCAGCUAGCAGCAGACCCCUCCGAGCUCCUGGUCCAGGUUAUAGAGGCACAAUCGUUGUCGGUCAAACCCGUUAGUCAAGUCACGAAGCGGGGGAAGCCGAGACAGAGGGCUCCCCGAUUCAACCAUAAAGAAAACCGCCUCCUUGUCAAGGAGGUUGUGAACAAUAAGAAAGAGCUGCUGGGCAAUUUGGUACUGAAACCUUCCCAGAGAAAACGAAGAUGGGAGCGCAUUGCUCAGAAAGUGUCCGCUCUGGGGUACCAUCGCAGAAGAGCAGCAGACAUCCAGAAGAGGUUUUAUGACCUGCGUCGGGCAGUUCGGACGAAGACGGCGGCUCUGAGGUGUGCCAGGGUGAUGACAGAGGGGGAGCUGCCCCCCAGGUCUCCACUGACAGAGGAGGAGCAGUGCAUCCUGACAACACUGGACGCUGUCGCCAUGCAGGGCAUCGUAGGGGUGGACACUGCAGAGCCACAGCUCACAGCAUCCAGUCGAACAGCACAGGUGUUGAGCUGUGAGGUGCUGUCAGUGAAGGAGGAACAGACAGCAUCACUGUCUCCACCAGCCCCUCCUGCCCAGACUCCCUCCCCAGCCCCCAGCCCUCCACACACUCACAGAGACAUGCCACGGAUACAGAACUGUCUCAGAGUGGAGGCAUUACACUUCCUCACCACCAGCCCCUCCCCUCCCCCUUCACCCGCAAGACCAGCCUGCCUCCCAGGGCAGCUAGCAGCAGACCCCUCCGAGCUCCUGGUCCAGCUGCUUGCCGCACAGAGGGAUGGGAACUCCGGGCAAGCCAGCAUCGUCAGGAUCCUGGCCUCGAUGAAGGAGCAGCAGGCACAGCAGUUGGGGGUUCUCCAGAGCCUGGCAGAGAAGCAGAGUCACAUGGUGGAGCGCCACGAGGCUCUAGAGCAGCGGCUGGGUGAGAUCAGCACCAGUCUGAACCAGCUUGUUGCUGGCCUGCUCCCCACUCUGCAGAUCCUGAGUUCAGCUGCACAGGGCCUGCACACUCCCCCUGUCUCCCAGCCCUGUCCUCCUCCUGCUCCUGACUGCUAGCCUUCCUGUCGGUGUCACGCUCUCCGAAGUGCUGCUACAGGGCAAAGACAGUGGUCAUCGUGGGCUUCUAAAGUUCCUUUCGCUGCAGAAACUGUCCCAGCUGUCAGACUAGGAUAGUUCACUCUCUUUUUAUGCCUUUCACUUCCAGAGGCCGGGUUUAAUUCUGGUUUAAUCCCAACUGAUAUGAGUGUAAUCCACAACAACACGCAUUCAGUGCUAGUGUCCUCUGCUUGAGGACCAGGCCUGACUGGCAGGCAGGAUUGAGGAGAGCUGUGAGGGGAAGCUCCUGUGAGCCAGUACCAUCGUCCCUCACCUUUCAAUAACUCUAAACAUUCAUUUGUAAUUUUAUAUUAUAAGCAUUUUGGUUGUGAUCUGUUACUUUUAGUUUCAUGUUGUAGAACUGGAUAAAUACAUGUUCUUGUGCAGUUCUCUUGUCUGGAGUCUUUUCUACGCCCCACUGGGGUCAGAUUUCCUUUGCGAGGAGGAUAUAGUGGAGGCGGCUGGACGUCUGCAUGUAUAUCAUAGUUCACCAUCUUCCUUCUAUCCGGAGAACUGCUUAUUCGUUUGAGGUGACAUUUGGAAUUAACAUUAUCAAGCAGAAGUUACUGAGACAUCAGAUUCUGGGGAUAUAAGGAGGUGUCUGUUCAUACAUGUGUCUGUCUCCGUCACACUUCAAUGUUUGAAUAUAUCGGGAGAAGUGCUUAUCAAGCAAACUCGUAUUCUGUACCAUUCUGUACAAUGUGUUAAUGCAGUCGUGGAUAUAUCAAGAAGCACUUAUCAAGCUGUGAUUAAACAUGUCAUUGCAAACUUGUAUUCUGUACCAUUCUGCACAUACUGUUGAUGUAUGUCAUGGUCAUCCACUUUUUCAUCAUGGCCCAGUUAAAUUGUUGCUGAUAAUUCAUUAAAAACUGUGCUACAUGUGAAGCAUACUGUGAUUUGGCAUUACAAUACACCACAUGUAAUGCCAGAGGCAGAAGUGUUAAAGGGACUAGGAGCUCUUAAAAUAAACAAAUCCCCUGGGUCGGAUGACAUCCUCCCAAUAGUACUCAAAGAAAUGAAAGAAGUUAUUUACAAACCGCUAACCAAGAUCAUGCAACAGUCUCUUGACACGGGUUGUACCGACAGACUGGAAAAUUGCAAGCGUAAUACGAUCCACAAAAAGGGAGACAAAACCGAACCAGGUAACUACAGACCAAUAAGCCUGACUUAUAUUAUAUGUAAACUUAUGGAAUCUAUAAUAAGAUCCAAAAUGGAAAAUUACCUAUAUGGUAACAAUAUCCUGGGAGACAGUCAGCAUGGUUUUAGGAAAGGGAGAUCGUGUCCAACUAACCUGCUUGACUUUUUUCAGGAUGCAACAUCGACAAUGGAUAAUUGCAAAGCAUAUGACAUGGUUUAUUUAGAUUUCCAGAAAGCUUUUGACAAAGUCCUGCAUAAAAGAUUAAUUCUCAAACUGAACGCAGUAGGGAUUCAAGGAAAUGAAUGCACAUGGAUUAGGGAGUGGUUAACAUGUAGAAAACAGAAAGUACUGAUUAGAGGAGAAACCCCAAAAUGAAGCGAGGUAACCAGUGGUGUACCACAGGGUUCAGUAUUAGGUCCUCUGCUAUUCCUAAUCUACAUUAAUGAUUUAGAUUCUGGUAGAGUAAGCAAACUCGUUAAAUUUGCAGACGACACAAAAAUAGGAGGAGUGGCAAACACUGUUGCAGCAGCAAUGGUCAUUCAAAAUGAUCUAGACAGCAUUCAGAAUUGGGCAGACACAUGGCAAAUUACAUUUAAUAGAGAAAAGUGUAAAGUAUUGCAUGCGGGCAAUAAAAAUGUGCAUUAUAAAUAUCAUAUGGGAGAUACUGAAAUUGAAGAAGGGUACUAUGAAAAAGACCUAGGAGUUUAUGUUGACUCAGAAAUGUCUUCAUCUAGACAAUGUGGGGAAGCUAUAAAAAAGGCUAACAAGAUGCUCGGAUAUAUUGUGAGAAGUGUUCAAUUUAAAUCAAGGGAAGUAAUGUUAAAACUCUACAAUGCAUUAGUAAGACCUCACCUAGAAUAUUGUGUUCAGUUCUGGUCACCUUGUUACAAAAAGGAUAUUGCUGCUCUAGAAAGAGUGCAAAGAAGAGCAACCAGAAUUAUCCCAGGUUUAAAAGGCAUGUCGUAUGCAGACAGGCUAAAAGAAUUGAAUCUAUUCAGUCUUGAACAAAGAAGACUACGCGGCCAUCUGAUUCAAACAUUCAAAAUCCUAAAAGUUAUAGACAGUGUCGACCCAGGGGACUUUUUUGACCUGAAAAAAGAAACAAGGACCAGGGGUCACAAAUGGAGAUUAGAUAACGGGGCAUUCAGAACAGAAAAUAGGAGGCACUCUUUUACACAGAGAAUUGUGAGGGUUUGGAACCAACUCCCCAGUAAUGUUGUUGAAGCGGACACCCUGGGAUCCUUCAAGAAGCUGCUUGAUGAGAUUCUGGGAUCAAUAAGCUACUAACAACCAAACGAGCAAGAUGGGCUGAAUGGCCUCCUCUUAUGUGUAAACUUUCUUAUGUUCUUAAUUACGCAAUAUUUAUUUUGACCCCCUUAUCUCCAAUUAGAUUUGUGUUUCAUUUACUAAUACGUUGUGGUCUUGUUUUUUUCUGGCAAAAUCAUUACAUGCACUGACUAGAUCUCUUCUAAAUCAUGGGAAAUUAGGUAAUUCUACACAACAGGGCAGCAGUGUGGAGUAGUGGUUAGGGCUCUGGACUCUUGACCAGAGGGUUGUGGGUUCAAUCCCAGGUGGAGGACACUGCUGCUGUACCCUUGGGCAAGGUACUUUACCUAGAUUGCUCCAGUAAAAACCUGACUGUAUAAAUGAGUAAUUGUAUGUAAAAAUAAUGUGAUAUCUUGUAACAAUUGUAAGUCACCCUGAAUAAGAAAUAAAUAAAUAAACUACCAUUUAUAACCCCCAGAUGGCAGCCUAGUUUGCUGGCUAUAGUGCAAGCUGCAUGAUUUGCUGCUGCUGCUUUCACACCCAGUUCUGUUUGAGAACGUACUUCUUGAAAUGGAUCAUAAAGUAAGUGUCAGGACCCAGCUCAAGGUGGUUAACAAUUCAAGUGUUUUCCAGGAUGGUGCCUGGAUAUCUCAGCAGCUACUCAAUGAGUGUUGGAGAGUGCAGUUACUUCUUUUGACAAACAAACGUAUUAAAAUUAAUGAAAGGUUGGUGGGUUCCCCCCGCCCCAAAUAAAAUAUAUAAAUAGUUGCAAACUUCUAUUAUAAAACACCAUACUCGUAUGGUAUAAUAGUCAUGGUACAGUAUUCAAUUGCUAGGAAUUCGAUUGCUGCGGAAAAACACGGAUUUUCAAUGCUCUCGGAUAGUUUAGUUUUACAAUUGGGGCGUGGAAAAAAAAUAUGUUUGUUUGAUAACUAAAUCAAUACACUUAUCAUAUAUAAUCAUCAACACAGGACAUUUUGCUUUAAUUUUACGUAAACAUAUUUCAAUAAAACUGCUUCUGGUGUUGAACGAGUCGCACUGCCACAUUCAUGUUGAAACUGAGCUGCAGGUUGCUUCUCUAUCCAGUGAAGUAUAACUUCCUCAGAAUUUAAGUGUACCAAUAAAUACUCUGUGUUAAAUGGUAUUCAAUAGUAUUGUUUGUGGAAGCUUUUUAUUUUAAUUGCGCAAUAAUGCAGAUUUGUAUGUUUUGUUGUUUAUUGCGUUAGAC